CAGGUAGAAUUAGAUUUCGGAGUCAGCUGUACAGGGCUUAAGUGGAAAGCGGAAGUGUUGAACGAAGCAGGAUCUACGCCUAUGUCGAAUUCUCUUCCAGUUUCAUUUACACAGGGUUUGGUUUGGUAGAUCUUUGGAUGCAGAGCUUUGUAGAAUUCGGUCGAUAAAGCUUCAAAAUAUGGGCUCACGGUUAGAAAAACAAGAUGACAAGAUUGCAGAAAAUACCGACUACCCUAAAGCUAUAAGAGAAAAUGGAAUUUUUAAACUACCUUGGGGAGGAACAAAUCCGUCAGGACUAACUGCGCUGAAAUGGUUCAUGACUUCAACAAAUAGAAGUGGUUUACCAGGUUUCUUGGAAUUAAACACAAAUCUCCCAGUUCUGACUCCAGACAGAGCUGCUUUAGAUUCUCCUCCACCCAAUGAUGUGCAGGUCACCUGGAUUGGUCAUGCAACUGUCCUGGUACAGAUGGAUGGCCUCAAUAUUCUCACAGACCCAGUCUUUAACAGCUACUGUGGAAUGGCCCGUAUGAUUGGGGUAAAACGAUAUCGUCCCCUCCCUUGCACUGUUGAUGAGCUUCCAGACAUUGAUGCAGUUUGUAUCAGCCAUAACCAUUACGAUCAUCUUGAUCACACAACUGUCUGUGAUCUCAACAAGAGGUUUGGGAAUAAAAUCCAUUGGUAUGUGCCAAUGGGGCUUCAUAAAUGGAUGUCAGACUGUGGCUGUAAAAAUGUUGUUGAACUUCAGUGGUGGGACGAACACUCUCAUCCAAAAUUCACUGAUCAGGACAAAGCAGUGAAGUUUGCUUUUACUCCAGCACAACAUUGGUGUCGCAGAGGAAUAAACGACAACAACAAGGUUCUUUGGGGAAGCUGGUCAAUCCUUGGUCCACAACACAGAUUUUUCUUUGCUGGUGACACAGGUUACUGUCCCAUCUUUAAACAAAUAGGCAAGCGUUAUGGUCCAUUUGAUCUGGCAGCCAUACCUAUUGGAGCAUAUGCCCCAAGAGGGUUUAUGCAGUUCCAACAUGUUGAUCCUCAAGCAGCAGUAGAGAUACACGAAGAUGUCCAAUCAAACUUCUCACUUGGUAUUCAUUGGGGAACCUUUAAUCUGUCAUACGAGCAUUAUCUUGCCCCACCAAAAGAACUAAGUGAGACACUGGACAGCAAAGGAAUUCCACAAACAGAAUUUCACACCAUAAAACAUGGAGAGACCAAAGUUAUCACUAGUGAAGAUACAAAAAGGGCUCAAGAAAGACGCAGUGCUGUUGUCUUUGAAUCCUCACAUUAAAAAUAUGAGCUAUGUUUACCAAAAAAAUAAUAAUUCUUACUUAUCAAGUGCGAGGGCUAGUAUACUGGGAAUUACAUUGAUGAAGAUAUAAAAUUAUCUUCAUUGUCUUUGUUUAAAAAGAAAGUGAAGCAGCAAUUUAUCAAAGGUUACUAGACAUCUGUAUUGUCUAUGUAACUUUAAAAUAGAAAUAAUACUGUUUUGCAAUGUAGGAAUUUUAGUCUCUUUAAUAUACUGGUAGUUUAUCUUUGUGUGCGUUUCUGUGUUUCUUUGUUUUUGUGUCCCUGACCUAAACAUUUAAACAUCUUUUCUUUUAACUGGCUUCCUUUCAUUUUUAACUCUUAGGUUAUUUCAGGCAGCCAGCGCCCCUAUCAUUGUCUUUACUAUUAUUAUAAAUCUUUCUUUCUUGUAUAUUUUGGGGUGAAAAAAAUAAAGUUUUUGGGGAAGAUUUCCCUGAGAUCAUGACAGUAUGGACCAAUAAAUGCAAUGAUGUCCAUACGAAAAUGCAAAAGGGUCAUUAUUCCCCUGUACAGCUCAAUCAAGUGAGGUAAUUGAGCAGUUUAUUGUAUGGCACUCCAACCAAACUUGUUUAAUUUUAAUUUGCUGGCUUCUUGAUAACAAAAGUACAUGGUUUAUGGCUGUUUCCAUGGAAAGGGUCUGUAUGGCAAAACCCAGACUAAGUGAAAACCAAUGCUAAAAUGCUCCUAAUAAUGAUAAUAAUAAUAAUAAUAAUAUGUCAUAGAUAUCUCUCUUUAUUGUGAAAAGUCAAGUUUAAAAAAUUGUAAAUUAUUUUGCAUCUGUUUAAAGGUUGACUGUUGUAGAUUUAUUGAGGGUUAAGCUUUGUGCAUAGUGUAGGAAAAAUAUUAUUUGAGACAAAACAAAUAUUUGAGAAUUUGAAAAAGUUUUGAUUUCCUUUUUAAGAGCUUAUUUACUAUCACAAAUUCUAAUUGUUUGAAAUCAGUUGUUAGAACGGUUUUAUAAUUAUGUUAGAUAACCUGGAAAGAGAGACAACAUUUUUGCAUUCAAAAUGAAACAAUUCUUCAUCAGGUAUUUAUAUUGGUUGAAAGUUUUGAAUAAGAUAUUUUUUCCUUAAAUUUUAUAUACUAAAUUAAAUGUAUUUUAUAUUUAUUUAGCCCUGUAAUGUGAGGUGAAAUUUAUUAAUUUAAGUGUCUUACUCACUCCAGCUCUGUAGAUUGAUGUAUGCAUUUUUUUUUUAUUGAGAUCACAAAAAGAUAAAUUAAAUUGUGCUUUAAAUGCUA